ACACCAAGAUCUGGAUCAAGGUCAGUACGCAGAGCGAGCGAUGGAGAGCAAGCGCAUUGGGAUCGUCUCGAUCGGGUCCCGCGGCGACGUGCAGCCGUACUGCGUGCUUGGGCGCGCGCUCGCGGACCGCGGCCACAAGGUCUUCAUCGCCACCGAGCAGCGUCUCGAGAGCCUCGUGGUCGACGAGUUCCGGCUGCCAUUCCGGUGCAUUGCAGGCGACUCGACGGGUGGCCUAUUUGACCCCAAGUUCCAAGCCGGGCUCGCGAAAGGCUCGAUCAUCACGACCAUCAAGAUGACAAAAGAGUGGCAAGGCAAGUUCAAGAUGGACGACAUCCUCGCCUCGUACGUGACGGCGCUCGACGGCGCCGAUGUCAUUGUGUCGGGCGGUCUCUGCAUGACCAUGUCGCACGCUAUUGCCGAGAAGCUCCACGCGGCGUGGGUGCCAUUCAUUCUCGGACCCACGUGCCCCACGACCGAGUUUCCCGUGUGGGCGCUGAGCAGUCUCACCUGUGGCCUGCGCUGCCUCAACAAGUGGACGUACACGGUGCUCUUCAAGAAACUCUGGAAGGACGAGCAGCACUACAUCAACCCAUGGCGCACGAACGUCUUGGGGCUUGCGCCGAUCACGAUGCCCCUUGGCAUGCUCGACAUCAUCAACAGCAACGAACGUAUCCCCGUCCUCAUUGCGUGCUCGGCGCUCUUUUGCGGUCCUCAGGCGCGCAUCCCAAGCGACUAUGACCCGCGCAAGAUCCAUUUACUCGGACCUGUCUUUGCCGCGCCGUCGCCACUUCCCGAGGCGGCGACGAGCUUCCUCAACGCCGCGCGCGCAGCAGGGACGCCAGUCAUCUACUUGGGCUUUGGUAGCAUGCCGACCGCCGACCCGAUUGGGCUCCUGCGCCUUGCCGUCGACGUCUGCGAGCGCGUCGGGUGCCGAGCGAUCGUCGUCGCUGGCUGGUCGGCGCUCACGUCGGACGAGGCCGACGCGCUCCUCACGGCCAAUCAAACCCGGCUGCUGGUGCUGCGUUCUGUUUCGCACGGCGCCCUUUUCCCCAAAGUCGACUGCAUCGUGCACCACGCCGGCAUUGGCACGUGCAACGCGUCGCUUGCUAGCGGUACGCCGCAAGUGCCAUGUCCCGUGAUGUUGGACCAGCCCCACAACGCCAAAGUCCUCGUGCGGCUCGGUGUCGCGCCGUGUGCGCUGCCGUUCGGCAAGCUCUCUGCACCCGCGCUUGCCCGCGCCCUCCAAGACGUGCUUGCGAAUGUGAAAGAUAUCCAAGCCCGCGCCAAGACGAUCGGUGACAGCCUCCGUGACGAAUGCGCCGACGCGCUCGAACAGUACAUGCAGCUCAUCACGACGGCCGAGUCGCUGUCUGUUGCUGCAUCGUAGCCGACUCGUCGUCGGCAACACGACUAACAUGCAUACAAUAUGUCCUG